AUGAAGGAAGUGAAAGAAUUCGACAACUCCAAAAUCGGCAUCAAAGGCCUCUCCGAUUCCGGUGUCACCGCCAUCCCCAAAUUCUUCAUUCAGCCGCCGGAAACUCUCUCCACUCUCAAAUCUUCAUCUUUUAACACCGACGGCAUCCCCGUAAUUGAUCUCUCCAACAUAAAUUCCCCCAAGCUCAGACCAAACAUCGUCAGCAAAAUUCGAGAAGCCGCGAAAAUUUGGGGUUUCUUCCAAGUGAUCAACCACGGCGUACCCAACUAUAUUAUCAACAAAACACUCAUGUCAAUCCGAUCAUUCCACAAACAACCCCAGGAGAUAAAGGCAGAGCACUACGUUCGGGAUGAGUUCAAAGGAUUCUUGUAUGCCUGCAACAACGAUCUUCUCCGGUCGAAGGUGGCGAGCUGGCACGACUACGUGCAUGCUUGGAUGUCGCCGGAGGCUAUGGAGGCGGAGAAGAUUCCGGCCAUUUGCCGGGAGGAGGUGGUGUUGGAACUUUAUUUUAAGUUUUAA